AUGGGCGCGCUGGAGCCGGGCACCGGAGCCCCCCGCCCCGCCGCCCCCAUGCUCAGCGCCGCCGCCGCCUUCGCCAAGGAGCCGCCGGGCCCCCGGGACCCGCCGCCUCUUACUACGGGGACGGGGGGGGCGGCGGAACCGGGAGCCCCCCCGCUCCCUUACGGCGCUCCCGGAGGCUUCGGCGGCCGGUUCCUGGGGCCGUGCCCGCCCUACCGGGCGCCGCCGCCUCCCGCCGCCCCGGUGGAGGGUUACGCGGGCGCGGAGGGAGGUUUCGGCGGCGGGGGGGCCCCGCUGUGCCCCCCGCUCUGCGCCCUGCCCGGGUACCGCGCGGCCGGGAAGGUGCAGGUGAUGCUCAACAACUACCCGCUCUGGGCCAAGUUCCACAAGCACCAGACCGAGAUGAUCAUCACCAAACAGGGCAGGCGCAUGUUCCCCUUCCUCAGCUUCAACCUGUCGGGGCUCAACCCCGUGGCCCACUACAGCGUGUGCGUGGACGUGGUGCUGGUGGACCAGCACCACUGGCGCUACCAGGGCGGCAAGUGGGUGCAGUGCGGGAAAGCCGAGGGCAACAUGCCAGGGAACCGCCUCUACCUGCACCCGGACUCGCCCAACACGGGCGCGCACUGGAUGCGGCAGGAGGUUUCCUUCGGGAAGCUCAAGCUCACCAACAACAAGGGCGCGUCCAACAACGUCGGGCAGAUGAUCGUGCUGCAGUCGCUGCACAAGUACCAGCCCCGGCUGCACGUGACGGAGGUGAAGGAAGGGGAGGGGGAGGACGGGUACCCCUCCCCGCACACCCACACCUUCGCCUUCCCCGAGACGCAGUUCAUCGCCGUCACGGCCUACCAGAACGCCGACAUCACUCAGCUGAAGAUCGACCACAACCCCUUCGCCAAAGGAUUCCGGGACAACUUUGACUCGAUGUACACGGCCUCGGAGAGCGACCGCCUCACCCCGUCCCCGCCCGAGGGUCCCGGCUGCCAGCAGCUCCUGCCGGCCCCCCGCUUCCAGCCCUUCCUGCCCGAGCAGUACCCGCUGCCCCCCGGGCGCUUCUUCGGGGGCGAGCGGGGGGCUCCCCCUCUGUCCCUGCCCCCCAAAGACCCCCCCCACUGGUACUUCCCCCCGCAGCAGCCCCCCCCCGCCGCCGCCGCCGGGACGCUGGAGUUCGGCGGCUACGACGGGGGCUACGGGGGGGGCAAACUGGUGCCCUACGGGGUGAAACCCUUCGCCCUGCCGCCCGCCCCGCACCACCCCUCCCUGCCCUACUACCCCCCCGAGGGGCCGGGGGGCUUCGGGGUGUCGGGGGGCUGGAGCCCCGGGCAGUACGGCCCCAAGGGCGGCGCCGGGGCUCUGGGCUGGUACCGGGAGCCCCGCGAGGAGAAGGGCAAGGAGGCGGAGGGCUGGGCCCCCGAGCCCCCCGCCCCGGCCUCGGGGGACUCGUCGGACUCGGGGCUGUACGAGUGCAAGCGGCGGAGGGUGUCCCCGUACCCGUCGAGCGCCGAGAGCUCCCCCCCGCCCGCAACGGGGACCUCUACGACAAGGACCCGCUCGCCGACGGCGGCUACUACGGCUUCUACGGCAACUGAGCCCCCGCCCCGGGUCCUUUUUGUUUAA